GGAAGCCGCGGCGGGCAGGCGGCGGGCGUCGUGCUUCUGGGGCCGCCGUCCCGGUUCCCGCCUCGUCCCGCCUCGGCGCCCGCGCGCACAUGGCUCCCCGCGGCCACGGCAGCGCCCAGGCCCGGGGGCAGGCCGCCCGAGCGGGGCCGCGGCGCUCCGGCGGGCUCGGCGGCGGCGUGGCCGUGUUCGCCGCCGUGGCCGCCGUGUUCGCCCGCACGCUGCCGCCCUCGGUGCCGGGGGGAGACUCGGGGGAACUGAUCACAGCGGCACAUGAGCUUGGAGUUGCCCACCCACCCGGCUACCCACUGUUCACGCUGCUGUCAAAGCUGGCCAUCACACUGUGCCCCUUUGGCUCUGUCGCCUACCGGGUCAACCUUCUCUGCGGCUUAUUUGGAGCUGUGGCUGCAUCGUUGCUUUUUUUCACCGUUUUCAGGCUUUCUGGCUCACGCGCUGGAGGAAUCCUUGCUGCGGGGGUGUUUUCAUUUUCUCGUCUAACAUGGCAGUGGUCCAUCGCAGCUGAGGUUUUUAGCUUCAACAAUCUGUUUGUGGGGCUGCUGAUGGCUCUCGUCGUACACUUUGAGGAGGCAUCCUCUGCAAGGGAGAGAUCAAAGAUAGCCAAAAUUGGUGCUUUCUGCUGUGGCCUCAGCUUGUGUAAUCAGCACACAAUAGUACUGUAUGUUGUAUGUAUAGCACCUUGGAUUCUCUUUCGACUUUUAAAAAAGAAGGAACUGUCCGUGGGCGUGGUGCUGAAGCUUGGCGCCUGCUUCUCUGCUGGUUUGCUGCCCUACGUCUACCUGCCAGUCUCAUCCUACCUCGGCCAAGCCCGGUGGACCUGGGGAGACCAGACAACGCUGCUGGGCUUUCUGACACAUUUUCUCAGGGAAGAAUAUGGGACAUUCAGCCUGGCCAAAUCUGAAGUAGGAUCCAGUAUGUCUGAAAUGCUACUUUCUCAAGUAACAAAUAUGAAAACUGAACUCUCAUUCAAUAUCCAAGCCCUUGCAGUUUGGGCAAAUAUAAGUCUUGUAAGGAAGGACAAACAGAAUCAAUCAUUAGUAUGGCUUUUUACUGGAAUGUUCUGCAUUUAUUCAUUGUUCUUUGCUUGGAGGGCAAAUUUAGAUAUUUCAAAACCGCUUUUCAUGGGUGUGGUGGAGCGGUUCUGGAUGCAGAGCAAUGCCGUGGUGGCCGUCCUCGCCGGUGUCGGAUUGGCUGCGCUUGCAUCGGAGAGCGGCCGCUGGCUCAGUGGCAGCGGGCCUCAGCGUCUGGAGUGGCUUUCCGCCAUCCUUUUCGUGGCUUACCAAAUAUACUGCAAUUACAGCAUUUGUGACCAGAGGACCAACUAUGUGAUCGAUAAGUUUGCCAAGAACCUUCUGGCCUCCAUGCCUCGUGAUGCGAUCAUCUUACUGAGAGGGGACUUGCCAGGAAAUUCUCUUCGCUACAUGCAUUACUGCGAGGGGCUCAGGCCAGAUCUGACCUUAGUGGAUCAGGAAAUGAUGACCUACGAGUGGUAUUUACCCAAGAUGGCCAAGCACUUGCCAGGUGUCCGCUUUCCUGGGAGCCGGUGGAGUCCUGUGGAAGGAGUAUUACCCAGCGGAAUGGUCACAUUUAAUCUUCAUCAUUUUCUUGAAAUAAAUAAACAAAAAGAAACAUUCGUUUGCAUAGGAAUUCAUGAAGGUGACCCCACAUGGAAGAAGAGCUAUUCCCUGUGGCCCUGGGGAUCCUGUGACAAAUUAGUUUCCUCCAAGUGGGUGUUCAACCCCGAGGAAUGGAUUAAGCUUACACAGAAUCUCUACAACUGGACGGAAGAAUACGGGCGGUUUUCUCCAUCCUCCUGGGAGUCUGUGGCCAACGAAGAGAUGUGGCAAGCCAGGAUGAAAACGCCCUUCUUCAUCUUCGACCUGGCAGAGACUGCUAAUGUCCCUGCAACCGUGAAGGCGCGACUCUACACCCAUGCCUAUAGCCUUUAUAAGGAGAUUGUCUCUUCACAAAAGAAGCACCCCGUGAACUGGGACAAGAACUACGCCAUCGCCUGUGAGCGCAUGCUGCGGCUGGGGGCGCGAGACGCGGACCCCGAAGUCCUGUUGUCUGAAACCAUCAAACACUUCCACCUGUAUGCCCGGAAAGCGCGGGAGGACCCUCAGCGAGCCGACAUCUUAGCCGCAGUCAAGCACUUACGAAAAGAACUGCAGAAUCUGAGAGACAGGAAACCCGUGCGAGACAGCAAAAUGUGAAGAACCUGCUGGUCAGCCAACACCCAAAGCUCUGGAGUCCAGAAGUUUACCCUCCACGCAAAGAAAGUGUGUUAAAACACACACACACACACACACACA